AGAAAAAACUCCAUGUCUGAUUCCAGCAGCACGGCCUCUUCUUCCCCGUCUCCUUCAUCUACGUCGCCCCGGCUCACCACCGGCGACGUCAACUUUCUGGCCCGCCGCGCCGUGACCACGCAGCAGAACCACCACCAAGCAGCAGCGGAAGCAUUCCCGCUGCACUCCCCGGGCUCGUCGACCGGCUCCGCCGACUCCGCGCCCUGGCACCACCGCGCCCCGGCCACGCCGCCACCUGUGCUCCCGUUCGACACCAGCGACGCCGAUGAGAUGCUCCUGCUCGACAUGGUCUCCCAGCACCACGAGGUCCAGCACGCCGCGGCCUCACCCACGACGGCGCCGGCGGUGAAGCAAGAGGCCGACGAGGAGGACAAGGUGGUACUAGGUGUGGCUCGCGCGUUCCGCGGAGUGCGGAAGCGACCGUGGGGCAAAUUCGCGGCCGAGAUCCGGGACUCGACGCGAAACGGCGUGCGGGUCUGGCUGGGCACGUUCGACAGCCCAGAAGCCGCGGCGCUGGCGUACGACCAGGCUGCGUUGGCCAUCCGUGGCGGCGCUGCGGUGCUCAACUUCCCCGCCGACCAGGUCCGGCGCUCUCUCGAGGGCGCCGCUGACGACUUGUGCGGGUGCACCAAUGGCGUGUCGCCGGUGCUCGCGCUCAAGCAGCGGCACUGCAUACGUAGCCGGAAGGCCACAACGAUGAGCAGAAAGGCCAAAGCCGCCCGUGGCCAACCAGAGGGCAUGGUGAUGGAGCUUGAGGACCUGGGUGCGGAGUACCUUGAGCAGCUGCUCGGAACCUCCCAGGAGAUGGCCUCCAUGGAUUCAUGGUGCUGGAGCCACCACUCCAUCUGAUGCAAGUCAAGCACUCAGACUUGAAGACGACGGACGGGUCGCUCGCUGUUUUUCUUUUCUUUGUCUGUCAUGGUGAUAGAAUUCAGAUAGCUUCGUUGGGAUUGAGAAAACCAUUUGUGAAAUCGAUGGCUGAGCAGGCUUGGAAGUGCAAAAUAUUUUGGUUUGAAUCAUGUCA